CAACAAGGACAGACGAGUGCAGACCUCGCGCCGGCCAACAACUGCCGCCGCGUGCAGUGCGGCCCACCCUGCCUCCCUGCCAUGCCGACGCCCUGAACAAAGAGGGUGCAGAUCGCGCUAGGAUGGCUUGCGGCGGUCGCAGGGGCGGGGCGUGUCGGCGCCUGGGUCUGUGCCGGCUGCUGAUCCUGAUGGCCGCGGCCUGGCAGCUCGGCCUCUUCCUCGAGUCGCUCCAGUCCUCGCGGCACCUGCAGCCCAACAACGCCGCCGCCCAACAGCGCCAGCGGGGGAUGAACAACGUGUCGGCGGCGGUGUGGCCGAUCGUGGCGCGGCUGGACGCGGCUGGUCCGGGCGUGUCCUGGACGUCUUCGUUCCCGGCGCCGGCGCCGGCCGUCGACUGGUGGCGCCUCCUGCGCACCCACGUGGGCCCCGCGUUCGUCUACUCGGCGUACUACGACCCCCGCGGGCCGGGCCCGCCCAAGGUGCGCAUCAUCUCGGCGCUGCCCUCCAGGUACCGCCUGCGCCCCUUCUACUGCGACCUCAAGACCGACUCGGGCGCCAGGUUCAGGGUGCCCGGCAAGCACAGGCCGAUCCGCGAGAACUGGGGCCUGCCCUACACCGCCUCCUUCAUCACCUGCGAGAUGAAGAAGAAGCACAACGAGUACCCCGCCUACGUCUCCCUCGGCGACCCCAAGAGGAACAUCACCUCCAGAGCUUUGACGGUGCACUACCCGCCGCCGAGGUCGAAGAACUCGACGGUGCCCUUCCUGACGGUGUGCGUGAAGCCGCUGCACUUCCGGUACGACCGGGCGCUGUGGCUGAUCGAGUUCAUCGAGAUGUACAAGUUGCUGGGCGCGAACCACUUCGUGUUCUACAACAAGUCGGUGGGCGACUCGGUGUCGAGGGUGCUGCGGCACUACGCCGACGCCAAGGUCGUGUCCCUGCUGCCGUGGAACCUGCCCCUGCGAUCGCAGCGCCACAUCCGCACCGAGGGGCUGUUCGCGGCGCUCAACGACUGCUCGUACCGCUCCAUGCACCGCUUCCAAUACGCCGCCCUCGUCGACCUCGACGAGUUCCUCAUCCCCCGCAAGCACUUCAACCUGACCGCCCUCAUGGCCAAGAUCGACCCGCCGCCGCGCACCCUUCCGCCCAGGUACAGGAUCAAGGCUGAAAAGAAAACAAGCCCGUCGACGGCGUCGCGAUCUCCGUACGGCGCCUUCCUCUUCCGCAACGCGUUUUUCUACCUGUACUGGGAGAACGACACGAAGGCGCUGGUCAACGACGGCGACCGGCCGCCACCCUACCUGCUCACCCUGUCCAAGACGCGGCGGCUCGUCAAGAUCCACAAGAGCGGCGUCCGCAGCAAGUACAUCGUCCGGCCGCAGGACGUCGUCGAGCUCGGCAACCACGUCGUCUGGGAAUUCGCGCCGGGUCGUUCCGCGUUCACGGUGCCGGAGAGCCUGGCGCUGUCGCACCACUACCGGAUCUGCGAGUUCGGCGGCUUCGAGUGCACUCGGCAGCCGAGCGUCAAGGACCGCUCGGCGCACCGGUUCGCGCCCGCCCUGCUGCAGAGGGUGCGCGACGUGUGCACCUCCGUCUUCCCCGAACUGAACGGCCAGUGCCCGCCGGCCCCCCCCCCUCGGCUCCCCCUGGUGACCCUUCCUCCGCCCCCCUCCCCUCGCCGCCUCAGCAGAUAUUUUUCUUAACAUCGACACUGACUUUUUAUACGCAGACAAAAAUUUAAUGAAAAUUAAUCCUAGUGUGAUGAAAAAGGGUAACCAGGUUUUAAAAAUUAUCAUCAUUUCGGUUCGAGAGAGAAAAAAAUUUGUGAUUCAGUGAGAUUUGUGCGCGAAAGGAACAAAAAUAUGAAAACGCUCGCUUCAACAUAAUUAAAUAAUUAAAUUUCCUUGUCUGUCGAUACAAAAAAAAAGUAACGAAACGAGCUGUCUUGAUUCCCCGUGGCCUCUGUGAAAAACGGAUUAGCUCUUAAAAUUCUCACGUGCAUUUUAUCUUAAAAUUUCAAUAAACAAAACAAUGGCCAAACAAAAUUCUGCCAAUCUAAAUUAACGACAAAAUUAAAUAUCCUUCUCAGUGUUUAAUUUUAUAACAAUUAAAUUUAAACAAUCAACCCUGUAAAUGUUUUAUUUGCGAUUCUGUAAAUGAACAAAAUUAAUAAGUUCGGAAGGCAAUUUUUUCCACUUUCAAAUUUAAUCGGUGCAAUAAAUCUUCAAAAUCAAAGUGUUUUUAAAUAAAAGGUGUGGCAGAGUUUUCUAAUGAUCGCCGGCGUUGAGCCGCGCAACUAAACUUUUGACAAAUUUUUAUUAUACGAGAGAGAGACACGUUCGCGCUUCUAAUUUAACAUUGCAUAACUAAUUAGGAAGAAUAUAUCAAAUUACGUGCCUGUUUUUCCCCGGCGCAUCAGAGCGAGACGCAAACCCUGUUUAAAAGUAAAAUUUAGGGAAUAAAAAUAGAGGCAAUUAAUUAAAACCCGUGUUUCGCGCGCUCUUUAAUUGGCCCGCAUGAUUUUUUUUCCGUUGUUAAUUAAUUAAGUGUCCUUUGAACGCACUAAACAGAGUUGUUUGUAAUAUGGAUGUGCGUGCAGAGACACGCUUUUUGUGAUGGUGCCAAGGGUAAAAAAUUUAAUUAAUCGAUUCAGAGGAGCGGAAUCGAAUGGAAAAAGGAGAAAGAAGCUUUUGUUGUUUCUGACAGGGGGGAUAUUUAUUCAAAUAUGUGAACAACUGUGAAAAGUCUACUUCCACCUAUGCCUACUGUGAAUAUUAUUAAAUUAUAUCUUCAAAUAAAUCAUGCUAGUAUG